AUGACUCGUGACUCUAACCCUCAGUCCUCCACUAACGAACGUCUUCAAAGUAUAGACACAUCCAAAUGCAAUUUCUUUACACAGUUUCUUUUGUCUAAAGAAACAUUGAAGGGGUUAAAAUUGUCAGGUUACACAAAGCCUACUGCAAUUCAAAAGCUAGUCUUAAAACCUGCCCUUCUUGGACAAGAUGUGGUUGCUGAAGCACCUACUGGUAGUGGCAAGACGAUUGCUUUUGCAAUCCCUGUGCUUGAACUUCUUCAUCAAAGCAAAGUUUCCAUGUUUGAUGGUCCAGUCGCCAUAAUUUUAACACCAACUCGCGAAUUAUCAAGACAGAUUUUCAGCGUAUUUGCCAAAAUUGCUCGUGAACACCACUUCACUAUGAUGAACAUUAUGGGCGGCAAAGUCUCGGCUUUAAAAAAUCAAGAAUGGAAUAGUAUAUCACGAGCAAAUAUUCUAAUUGGAACUCCUGGUCGAAUGGCUCAACAUCAAACUGAAAAUUCUCUUCUUGAUAUGUCUAAUUUAAAAUUACUUAUAUUAGAUGAAGCUGAUAGAUUAUUAGAUCCAACAUUUCGUGAUGAUUUAGAAGUAAUUCUUCAAAAUUUAACUCCUGAUCGACAAACUUUAUUGUUUUCAGCCACUUUAACAAAGUAA